AUCCCCAGAUCUCUCGCUAAGCCUUGCCAUAGGCAGGAACUCAUGGUUUUCAGAGGGAAGCAGCUGGGACUGUGAUUAAUUUCAUUCCUUAUAGCAGAAGAUCCAUGAGGGACAUUGUCACUACCAUUGGAGGAAAGGAGGGAGUCCUCCCGCAUAGGGACCUGCUUCAGAGGUCCUGUCCAGGGUUUGUAGGUGACUUGGAGAAUCUGCUGCUUUCCAGCUUGAUCAAGUCAUUUAACGGUCCUGUCUCCUUAUCUGGAAAAUAAAGGAAAGCGCACUGGCCAGCACACCCUCAAGGCUCCAACAGCACACACAACUAAACACUGGCCCUGCUCUGAGGGAGAAUUAUCUUGGGGAUACUCUUGGGGACAGACUUCAGAGCUGGAAUUCCUGAAAAUGCUGCUGGGGGCGGAGAGGAGCACUCUCCCACCGCCCACCCUGCUCCAGAUGAAGUCAAGUGGGAGAGUCGAAAGGAGAGGCUUUUCCCAAGAAUGAAAAGGUCCAAACCUGUUUGGUCACCGUCCUUGCCCCAAAAAGGCAACCUCAAUUUGUAAGAGCCGGGAAAAGAAACCUAGGCUGGGCGCUUGGGGCAACAGAAGCCAGUGAGCCUUCUCUGCUGGGCCCCAGCACAGAGAGGGUCCUCAACACCGGAGCCAUUGCCCACCUGCUCUCAUCUCCCAUUUAACUGGGUGCCCGAUUCCAGCCCACCCUGUUGAGUGCGGCAGAAGUUUUCAGGCCCCACACCUUCUCCCCACUGGCAAGAGCGGAUGCGAAGGUCCUCUGCAACGCUUUUUUCCUCUUUGUUUCUACUCUCUGCCCCCAUCUCUGACCUGGCCCUCAGUCUUAGUCCCUUUCCCAGAAGUUUCUGAGUCCCAACCUUUUGUUCUGGGAGAAAGCAGAAUACAGACCCCGGAUAAGCAAAGCUGUUGGGUAAGUGGCCCAAACCACCUGAAGGCGGGCGCUUGCACAAGGAGCAGCGAGCUGUCGGGGCGGAGCCGGGCUGUUGGGGCAGGGCUGCGGGGAGGCGGUGCUGGCGCGGCCGGACCCCCGAGCCUCGGACAGUGCGGCCGGCACCCUGAAGCUGACGGAGGCCACAGUGAGCAAUGGCCUGAGAGCCCAUGGCUGCCCCUCAGGACCUGGACAUCGCUGUGUGGCUGGCUGCGGUGCACCUGGGGCAGUAUGCAGAUACCUUCCGAAGGCAUGGCCUAGCUACGGCGGGUGCAGUCCAACGCCUGGGGCACGAGGAGCUGAGGCAUUUGGGCAUCAGUGCCACUGGACACCGGAAACGCAUCUUACGUCUGUUGCAGGCUGGCUCUGCUGGGGGUUCCCCGGAUUCUCAGCCAGAUACCACCAUGGAGCCAACUCCUAGCUCUGCCCCCGAUGCCCAACCCUCCAAGCCUGUGCCUAAGCCCAGGACAGUGUUUGGGCUCAGUGGCACUGCCACUGCCCAGAGGCCUGGACUGAGCCCAAUCUUCUGGGAUCCAGAGGUAUCCAGGAACUCAGAGUGUACCCAGAGCUCCUCGCCUCUCCUUCCUUCCUCCCCUGAACAGCUUACAGUCCUCAACAGCAUGGAGAUGAUGCCCAAUGCCAUCUACUUCGGCCUGGACUUAAGAGGCGGGACCCAGGCAGCUCAGAACACGACUUCAGACAGUUCCCAGGCAACUGUCCCAACCCCUGCCUUCAGGUCCACAACAGGCACAGUGCACAUCAUGGAUCCCGGUUGCCUGUACUACGGUGUACAGCCUGUGGGGGUCCCAGGAGCCCCUGACAGGAGAGAUGGCAGAGGUGUCUGUCAGGAAAGGGCUGAACACAGCCGGCAGGAUGUGGAGACGCGGGAGGAUGCUGGCUAUGCCAGCCUCGAGCUACCUGGGGACUCCAUCCUUUCGCUACCCACCCAGGAUGCAGAGGACACCAGUGAUGACCUCAUUUCGCCCUAUGCUAGCUUCUCCUCCACAGCAGAUCGUCCUGUGCCUCUGCUCAGCGGCUGGCUGGACAAGCUCUCACCUCAGGGAAACUAUGUGUUCCAGAGACGUUUUGUGCAGUUCAAUGGCAGGAGUCUGAUGUACUUUGGCAGUGACAAGGACCCCUUCCCCAAAGGUGUGAUCCCUCUGACUGCCAUCGAGAUGACCCGAAGCAGCAAGGACAACAAAUUCCAGGUCAUCACCGGCCAGAGAGUAUUUGUGUUCCGCACGGAGAGUGAGGCUCAGCGGGACAUAUGGUGCUCCACACUACAAUCCUGCCUGAAGGAGCAGCGCCUCCUGGGCCACCCCCGACCCCCUCACCCACCACGACCCCUCCGCACCGGCACGUUAGAGUUGCGUGGACACAAGGCUAAGGUGUUUGCUGCCCUGAUCCCUGGAGAGUUGGCGCUGUACAAGAGUGAGCAGGCCUUCUCUCUGGGCAUUGGGAUCUGCUUCAUCCAACUGCAAGGCUGCAGCGUCCGGGAGACCAAGAGUCGAAGCUUCGAUCUGCUCACGCCCCAUCGCUGCUUCAGCUUCACAGCCGAGUCUGGGGGGGCUCGACAGAGCUGGGCGGCCGCUCUGCAAGAAGCAGUAACGGAGACCCUGUCUGACUACGAGGUGGCUGAGAAGGUCUGGUCAAAUCCGGCGAACCGGCGUUGUGCGGACUGCAGGGCCUCCCGGCCGGAUUGGGCUGCUGUCAACCUGGGCGUGGUCAUCUGCAAGCAGUGUGCUGGUCAACACCGGGCCCUGGGCUCUGGGAUCUCCAAGGUACAGAGCCUGAAGCUGGACACCAGUGUCUGGAGUAAUGAGAUAGUGCAGCUGUUCAUUGUCCUGGGGAAUGAUCGUGCCAACUGCUUCUGGGCAGGGGCACUACCCCCAGGUGAAGGGCUGCAUCCGGAUUCGGCCCCUGGCCCUCGGGGAGAGUUCAUCUCCCGAAAGUAUAAACUGGGUCUCUUCCGGAAGCCCCACCCUCAGCACCCAGAUCACAGCCAGCUUCUACAGGCACUGUGUGCAGCUAUGGCGGGACCCAACCUGUUGAAGAACAUGACCCAGCUCCUCUGUGUUGAAGCCUCUGAGGGAGAGGAGCCCUGGUCCCCUUCAGCCCUCAAUGGCAGCUUGCUUAGCCUUCUACCAUCAGACUCAUCCCCUGGAGUAUACAACGAGGUGGUGGUGCCUGCCACUUACAGAGGUUUUCUGUACUGCGGUCCCAUCAGCAGCAAGGCAGGAGCCCCACCCCUUCGCAGGGGCCGGGAUGCUCCUCCCCGCCUGUGGUGUGUGCUGGGAGCAGCCCUGGAAAUGUUUGCAUCAGAGAGCAGCCCUGAACCCCUCAGCCUUCUCCAGCCCCAGGAUGUUGUAUGUCUGGGCGUAAGCCCUCCACCUGCUGAUCCAGGUGACCUGGACAGGUUCCCCUUUUCCUUUGAACUCAUCCUCACUGGGGGAAGAAUCCAGCACUUUGCUACAGACGGAGCAGACAGUCUAGAGGCCUGGAUCUGUGCAGUGGGCAAGUGGUUCUCCCCGCUCAGCUGUCACCAGCUCCUGGGCCCUGGGUUGCUGCGGAUGGGUCGGCUGUGGCUGCGGUCCCCCUCCCAUGCAGGCCCAGCCCCUGGUCUCUGGCUGUCAGGGUUCGGCCUCCUUCGCGGCGAUCAUCUCUUCCUGUGCCCAGCGCCCGGCCCUGGUCCCCCUGCUCCUGAGGACAUGGUGCAUUUACGGCGUCUCCAGGAGAUCAGUGUGGUCUCUGCAGCCGACACUCCAGACAAAAAGGAGCAUUUGGUUCUGGUAGAGACAGGAAGGACCCUGUAUUUGCAGGGGGAAGGCCGGCUUGACUUUGCAGCAUGGAACACGGCCAUUGGGGGUGCUGCUGGAGGGGGCGGCACAGGACUGCAGGAGCAGCAGAUGAGCCGGGGAGACAUUCCUAUCAUUGUGGACGCUUGCAUCAGUUUUGUCACACAGCAUGGGCUUCGGCUGGAAGGUGUGUAUCGGAAAGGGGGUGCUCGGGCCCGCAGCCUGCGACUCUUGGCUGAGUUUCGGCGGGAUGCCCGGUCAGUGAAGCUCAGACCACGGGAACACUUUGUAGAAGACGUUACUGACACACUCAAACGCUUCUUUCGGGAGCUUGAUGACCCGGUGACCUCUGCUAGGAUGCUGCCCCGCUGGAGGGAGGCUGCAGAGCUUCCUCAGAAGAAUCAGCGCCUGGAGAAAUACAAAGAAGUGAUUAGCUGCCUGCCUCGAGUCAACCGCCGAACACUGGCCACCCUCAUCGGGCAUCUCUAUCGGGUGCAGAAGUGUGCGGCUCUAAACCAGAUGUGCACAAGGAACCUGGCCCUGCUGUUUGCACCUAGUGUGUUUCAGACGGAUGGGCGGGGAGAGCAUGAGGUGCGGGUGCUUCAGGAGCUCAUCGACGGCUACAUCUCUGUCUUUGAUAUUGACUCAGACCAGGCAGCUCAGAUUGACUUGGAGGUCAGCCUCAUUACCACCUGGAAGGAUGUGCAGUUGUCCCAGGCUGGAGACCUCAUCAUGGAGGUUUAUAUAGAACAGCAGCUCCCAGACAACUGUGUCACCCUAAAGGUGUCCCCAACACUGACGGCCGAGGAGCUGACUAACCAGGUGCUGGAGAUGCGAGGGACAGCAUCAGGGACAGACUUGUGGGUGACAUUUGAAAUUCUUGAACAUGGAGAGCUUGAGAGGCCACUGCACCCCAAGGAAAAAGUUCUAGAACAGGCCCUACAAUGGUGCCAGCUUCCAGAGCCCUGCUCGGCCUCUCUGCUCCUGAGAAAAGUCUCGAUGGCACAUGCUGGCUGCCUCUUCACAGGAGUCCGGCGUGAGAGCCCACGGGUGGGGCUGCUGCGGUGUCGAGAGGAGCCACCUCGCUUGUUGGGAAACCGCUUCCAGGAGAGGUUCUUUUUGGUGCGUGGCCGCUGCCUGCUGCUGCUCAAGGAGAAGAAGAGCUCUAAGCCAGAACGGGAGUGGUCUCUGGAAGGCGCCAAGGUCUACCUGGGGAUCCGCAAGAAGUUAAAACCUCCAACACCGUGGGGCUUCACUUUGAUCCUGGAAAAGAUGCACCUCUGUCUGUCCUGCACUGACGAGGAUGAGAUGUGGGACUGGACCACAAGCAUCCUUAAAGCCCAGCACGAUGACCAGCAGUCGGUGGUUUUACGUCGUCGCUCCUCUUCUGACCUUGCUCGUCAGAAGUUUGGCACUAUGCCCUUGCUGCCCAUCCGAGGGGAUGACAGCGGAGCCAGCCUUCUCUCUGCCAAUCAGACCCUGCGGCGACUACACAACCGGAGGACCUUGUCUAUGUUCUUUCCAAUGAAGUCACCCCAGGGGUCUGUGGAGGAGCAAGAUGAGCUGGAGGAGCCUGUGUAUGAAGAGCCAGUGUAUGAGGAGGUUGGGGCCUUCCCUGAGCUUACCAAGGACACGACCUCCUUCUCUUCCACAUGGGAGUGGACAACCAAGUCAGAGACACCCCUUACCAGCCAGAAGUCCUUUGAUCAAACCCCCCUCUCCAAAGCAAGCCUGUUGGGUCAAGAGGAGAGGACACCUGACCCUCCUCCAGGCCCUCCUUCAAAGAGUAGUCCUCAGGCACGGGGAUCCUUGGAGGAGCAGCUGCUUCAGGAGCUCAACAAUCUCAUCCUGAGGAAGGGAGAGCCUGCCAUGAGUCCAGAAAGUCCUUCCCAGCCUGCCAGUCCCCAAAUCCCCAGCCCCACCAGCCUUCCAACACAGACCCCCAGUUUGACCACCCAAAACCCCUGCACUUCCAAUCCACCCUCCAGCCAGACCCUCACAUGACCCUGGGGCCAGCAGUUGAGGAAGCAAGUAAGCAGAGGAAAGGCCAGGCUGUCACCAUGGCAGAUACUGCUGCGAGCGUCUUCUGCCCUGGAUGGAUGAGUCUGGAGUCCGGUAUGUUACCAUGGAAGGAGCACUGAACUGAGAUCCCUAGAGACUGUGUAUCUCAGGGAAGCUCGUGGCCCCUCUUUGGGCCCAGCUCAUUUGUCUGUACUAUGAAGUCACUAAAAUAAGGAGAGGAGUGAGCAUCAAACUGUUUCUCUGAGCUAUAAGCCCUAGCAUUUUCCCUCAAUAAGGGCAGCUCUUGAUUUAUAUAUUUGAUAUAGGGGUUCAGUGAGAGUUUGGGGGCAUAAAAAUGAUUUUACUGCAUUUAAGAAAGGUAAAAGUUUGGAAGCUAGAGAUGUGAACAGUGUCCAAAUCUGCUAUUCUACUUCCUAUGUGCUGGAACUACCUUGAGGCCCUAGAGUUGGGUGACUGAUUGGGGUUGGGGCAAAGGGGAGCUGAAAAAGAGUGGGUCACUAUUAAUAAACUCUGGAACCAAAAGGCUCAUUUUUUCAACAACAUUCAUUCAUUCAUUCAUCAGCAAAUAUGUAUUGAGCACCUAAUUGGUGCCAAGUUCAAUGACACAAUGUGAACAAAACAAAUAGGGACCUUGCUCUUCUAGAGCCAGCAGAAAGGAAACAGAGAAUACACACAUAAAUCAGAGCACAGGUGAGUUUAGUACUUCAAAGAAACUAAGUGACAGCCUGAGAUGGAACAUGGAUGGGAAUGAAAGCCUCUGAGGGGCAGAAACAAAGGCAAGGAGCUGGGAGUGCUAGGAGCAGGAGAGGGCGGGCAGCAGGCCUGAAAGCUGCGCAGUGGGAAAGGUCCUGGCCCUGUGGGCGGGUAGCAGCAGCUGGAGCAAAGAGUGGGCCGAAAGAGAGGCAAGACAGAAAGAUAGGGGUAGGCUCGGAAUGGCUGCCCAUGCGUUUAAUCUCAGCACUCAGGAGGCAGGGGCAGGUAGAUCUCUGAGUUCAAAGCCAGCCGCCUGGUCUACAGAGUGAGUUCCAGGCCAGCCAAGGCUACACAGUGACACUCUGCCUCAAAAAAUGAUGUUAAAGACAAAACAAAACAAAACAAAAAUAGAGAAAAUUGGGAGGACACAAGAAAGCAGAGAGAAGCGUCACCAGAGAUUCUGACUAACACCUUCCCUAGUAGCACCUCAAGAAUGCUGUACAAGUAACUGCUUGAGGCCUUUCUCCCGCUCAGCUGUAAACCUGCAGUUUCCUAGGAAUUUCACUAAAAAGCCCACGAUAAGGGCAGAAUAUGUAAUAAACUCCUUGUGCAACACCA